GAGUCAAGGUCGAUUUGCGGCUGUUCUAAAUGUUUCGGGACAUAGUUUCCUAACUAUCCACAUAAGAAGUGAUUUGAUUUGCUUUCUCCAUUGGCAUUACCGUCAACUACUCUGCUCGCAGCCAGUCGAUCACAUGAAUUUUGAAGAAAGUUUACAAUCAAGAAAUGACUUCAACUCUAAAAUCAAAUAAAGAUUCCUCAGCUAUUCAUUCAGAUGAGGGCGAUUAUGUUGAUGUUGCUGCUGAAAUGUCGAGAGAAAUCGAAACAGCUAAUGUGGUUGUAAAUAGCUUGACUGACUUCACCCCUGUAUUAGGGGAUGAAAUUUCAUCUCCUGGAAUAUCAUCUGUAAAUGAUUAUGGCAGUUUUGAUCACUUACCUAUUACUUUACAGAAAGACUCACCAACUUGUUUGGCUGGACAACAGAACUUCACAUCGAGUUGUUUUGGUAGGAGUCAGCCGUUAACUGACGUUUUGGUUGGUGUUUCGAAUUCAUACUUAACUAACGGAAAGAAAUUAAAAUCAUCCGGUAAUAAUCCAGAAGUAUUUCUGAGUAGUUCACUUCCAAAUCUGUUUGAAGAGUCUUUGAACUUGAACUCAAUUUCUAAAUCUCUCCCUAUUUUAUGUCAAAUCAAUAAUUAUACUGUACAUUCAGAGAAUGAAUUAUCGGCACACAUUGAUAAUGAUACUAAAAGUAUACCUGGUAGUUCACCAAAAACUAAUCAAUUCACCGAAUCUAAUUCAAAUGAAUGCUGUAAUCUUUCUAAUUCAACGAAAUCAUUAAAUAAUUUAAACACUCCUAUAGAUCAUGAUAAUUUAUCUGAUUAUCAUCAUCAUCAAUCUAUCAUUGAAUCGAAUAAAUCACUUGAUCAUGCACCAAACACAUCUAAUAAUACAGAUGAAUCAGAAAGUUAUAUCUAUCAUAUUAAAUGGAUUAAAUUUAAUAAUCAAACACGUCCAAUUAUAACACAAAAUAAUAAUGGUCCAUGUCCAAUGAUUGCUAUUGCUAAUGUACUUUUAUUACGUGGAACAAUUAAUUUAUCAAAUGAUAGUGAAUUAAUAAGUGGUAAUCGUUUAUUAGCUAUGCUUAGUGAACUACUUUUAUCAAAAGCUCCUAAUGAUCUUGAUUAUGGUCAACAAAUUAAUUAUGAGUCAAAUUUUCGUGAUGCACUUUGUUUAUUUCCCAGUUUACAAACUGGACUUGAUAUAAAUAUCAGGUUUACUGGUGUUUCAGAUUUUGAAUACACUUCAACAUUGAGUUUAUUUGAUUUGUUCAACAUACACAUUUAUCAUGGCUGGCUUGUGGAUCCUGAUGAACAUGAUUUAGCUGCAACUAUUGGUAAUAGAACUUAUAAUCAAUUAACUGAAGAGUUGCUUCGUCUGGAAUCAUCUGAUAAUUUUGAAGAUUUAAAAAGAAGUGCACUUGUUGAAUGGUUUCUAAAUGAAAGCGGUUCACAGUUAACCUUUCAUGGUCUAAGUCAAUUAGUUACAACUUUACAUGACGAAGAAUUGGCUGUGUUCUUUCGAAAUAAUCAUUUUAGCACUAUAUUAAAACAUAAAGAUUCAAUAUUUGUAUUAGUUACAGAUAUGGGUCUUCUCAAUGAACCAAAUAUUGUUUGGGAAUUGCUAAAUGAUUUAGAUGGGGAUACACAAUUUGUCGAUUGCUUGUUUCAGCUGUUUUGUCCAACAACUUCGGAUUCAUCAAAUCAAAAGACAUCUGAUGCUGUUCGUGUUAUUACAGUUAAAUCAGAUAAAUUAGAUUCAAAAUGCAUAAGUGACUGUAAAAGCACUACUAAUAGUAAUAACAGUAAAAAUAAUUUUGCUGAAAAACAACAUUCUGAUUCCAUACCUGUGUAUAAUUUCACUGAGAAUAAUUCAACUUCAUUUGAUUAUGAUUUAUGCAAAAUGCUUCAAGAAGAAGAAAUCAGAGCCUCAAAUCAAGAUCCUGAAACAUUUUGGAAACUAUACAAAUGAAAUAUAUACCUCAAUUAUAGUGUAUUUGUUCUUCCUCUAUUUUACACAUUUCUGUAAAAUAUCAAAUUAAUGGUUAUAAUCAUAGUUGGUCAAAUAUGAAUGAAUUUUUAACUGGAGAAAUAUUCCAGAGAACUACUGCUGACAUAUAUAUGGUAGACUACCAAUCACAACGAUAUUCAGAAGCAGAUUCAUUUAGUAAAUUUUUCUUUUCAUGAAUGAUUUAUAUUGAUAGAAUAAUGACAAAUUAUUAUUAUUAUUAUUACUAUUAUUAUUAUUAAUAAUAAUAAUCUUCUUUCUAACUUAUUCACAUACAUCUAUCAAUUGUUUACUGACUUAAUUGUUAUUUAUUAAUCGUGCCCCAACUUCACAAUAGUAACAAUUGUGAUACAAACAUUGACAGUAAUGAUUCAUAUAAAUAUAAUGCUUGUCAAAAACAAAUACCUCUUAUACUUAUUACUAUGUGAAAGAGAAUAUCCUCUAUAUCUAUAUAUAUAUAUAUAU